AUGAUCGGCGGCGCCAUCGAUCCCAGUUUCUACUCCACGGAAGGCGCAUUCAAUGGCUCCGGCAUUGCUUUAGCAUCCCAAAGUUUCAGCCGAGAUCUUGCAGAUGGCACUCAAGGAAGUAUUGUGAUGUACUUCCAGCAUCAUACUGGCCAGAUUAGAUGGAAACAGUUGAGUACCAGUGGUGACUGGCUGGGUGGCGACAUUUCCGAGGUCGUGGCAAGUAAUGCCAAAAACAACACGCCUCUCUCCGCGGUAGCAUACGAUAUCAAUGGCUCCAGCACGUGGCAUGUGUUCUACAUUGCCAAGGACAACACGAUCAAGCAACGUACCAAUAGCAACGUCACGAAUGUAUGGGUGGACGGGCCUAUCAACGCCAUGAACCUCCAGGCGAUGGAUGCAGAUAUGGUCGGCCUGCAAGCUUGUUGGUACGGAAACAACUACGGGGACAGCGACUACGACCAUACUCCACUCCCGAACGAAAAUCCUUCGGCGAACACCUCAUCUGAGGUCGGUAUGCAUAUGUGGUAUGCAAAGGACAGUUCGACCUUCCAGCAGCUUGGUUGGAGACAGGGCGACGAUCAGUGGGAGUUCCAGCAGGAGUUUACCGAGAAGAACGGACACGCCGGAGUCGGUUGCUACAGUUGGGGCCCUGGAACUGUGACAUAUGUCAUGAUGGUCAACCUCGAGCACACCGUGGAGAUCUGGUGGAAGGACACCAACACGAAUCUGACCAACACGACAGCUCACCCGAUCAACACGUGGACGAAUUCCUCAAUAGCUAUCAACAACGUGCAUCCCUCGACUUCUCUAGGCUACACUCGCUUCUUAUACGCCCAAGACGACGCAAGCCUGAUGUUCAAGGGCUACAACAUCGCCUUCGCAGCGGAGAACAGCACAAUAGAUGAGAAGACAUCGUUCACGGUGCAGGGCGAGCGUGCACUGCCUGGCUCGCACCUGAGCGUCUCUGCGAUUCCGAACGUAAGUGGAGGCGACGAUGUUAUAGUAUUUUAUCAGUCGAAUGGGUCGGACAUCUCCGAGUACACUCGAGAUCUUUACGCCGGCCAGUGGGCGAAGGUGCAGAUUGAGAUACCGCAGUGA